AUGAAAAGGUUCGGUCGCGGUGGCCAUGGAGGCGAUUAUGAUGACUAUCCCACCGUUCGAGCAGCUGCCCAUCUCCACCAACCUACCCGUCCGGUCGACAAGGAGAAGACCGAAGCGGAACUCAGCGUGAACAUCAAGAAGGCUACCAGUGCCGAGGAGACCGCCCCUAAACAGAAACAUGUGCGCAAGUGUAUCGUCUACACUUGGGAUUACCACUCAUCUCUUUCCGUGUGGAAUGGAUUGCGUACCCAACCAAUCCUAGCAGACGAGGUGCAGACGUUCAAAUGUCUCAUUGUCGUACAUAAACUCCUACAAGAGGGACAUCCGAUUACCCUCAAAGAGGCUCACGCUCAAACUGGCUGGUUGGAAACAUGCGGUCGGACGGUUGGCGAUGGUUCCAAAGGGUAUGGACCUCUCAUCAAGGCUUAUACGUCGUUCCUUCUCGCCAAAUUACGAUUUCAUCGACAUCACCCAGAGUUCAACGGACUAUUCGAGUACGAGGAAUAUAUCAGCUUGAAAAACAUUGACGACCCCAAUGAAGGAUACGAGACCAUCACGGAUUUAAUGACACUUCAAGAUCAGAUCGAGUCGUUUCAAAAGCUCAUAUUCACUCACUUCCGUGGCUCAGCGAACAAUGAGUGCCGGAUUUCAGCUUUGGUGCCACUGGUCAAAGAGAGUUUCGGUAUCUACAAAUUCAUCACUAGCAUGCUGCGGGCCAUGCACAGAAGAACGGACGCCAUGGACGCACUCUCACCCCUUCGUGACCGCUACAACGCUCAGCACUACAAUCUCCGCCGUUUCUACUACGAAUGCUCGAAUCUCAAAUAUUUGACUGGUCUGAUCAACGUUCCCAAACUAGGACAAGAGCCUCCGAAUUUGCUCGACAACGGUAGCGCCCCAGACCUCCCCGAGCGACCAAAGGCCGAAGUCCGAAAGGAGACUCCCCGACCGAACUCGCCCACAGCUACGCAGAGUGAAAUCGAUGAACAGAGGCGCAUGCUUGAAGAGUAUGAGCGCAAGCAGUCUGGGCUUGUUGCUCAGAGGGAUGCAGAGAAGAGGCGACAGGAGGAGGAGAAGCGACGACAGGAAGCCGAGUUUGCGGAGCAACAACGAUUACAACAAGAACGUGAGCGGCAGGCACAAGAGCAGCUGUUGCGAGAGCAGAUGAGUCAGCAAUGGACGUCGCAACAAGCCGGUCAAACUGCUCAGUUACAACAGGAGAUGCUUGCAAUGAGGGGACAGUAUGAGCGUGAUCAGAUGUUGCUGGAGCAAUACGAUCGGCGCGUCAAGUCACUCGAGAGCGAACUCGGUCUGAUCGGUGCCAAUGUUGGGGCUCAGAUGUCGGCCAAAGACGAACUCAUCGCGCAGCUGCAAAAGCAGAUCGAGAUAUGGAAGAACAAGUACGAGGCCUUGGCGAAGCUGUACAGUCAACUCAGGAACGAGCAUUUAGAUCUCCUCAACAAAAGCAAAGGUUUCCAACUCAAAGCAAACUCGGCGCAAGAAGCGAUUGACAAGAUGGAGAGGAUGGAGAGGGAUGUCAAAGCCAAGAAUUUGGAGCUGGCCGAUAUGAUCAGAGAGCGUGAUAGGGCACGAUACGAUGUUGAUAGACUCAAAUCGAGUCACCGGGAGGAGAUUGAACGACUCAAGAGAGAUCUAUCGUUUGCAAAUGAACGAGCGGAAGAUGCGUCUCGCAACAAGAGCUCGGAGGUCUCUGGCAUCUUGUCCAAAUACAAUCGUCAAUUAACUGAACUCGAGGACUCCCUUCGCUCAAAGCAGCUCCAGAUCGAUGAUCUGUUUCACAAACUCGACUCGAAGGACUCUGAACUGGCUCGUGUGGUAGAAGAGAAAGAGCAAGAGUUGCUGAUCAUGCAAGAGGGCAUAGACUCGACCUUGAAGGAGCUCAGUGACUUGAAGCUGACACAAGGCGACACUAGCCAGGCAUUCGAUGCGCAAGUUGACACUCUCAUCCUCGACCACCGCAAGGAGCUUAACGCGAUCAUCGACUCCAUCCUACAAGCCUGCGUGCAGAAGGUCGACGACGCGAUGUACGAGCUGGAAGCCCCAAUGCAAUCCGGUAACACUACAGCAACGCCGGAAUACACCCUUUCCAUUAUCGAAAAAGCAGUCACCAAUGCGACCGAGUUUGCGUCGACCUUCAACCUGUUCCUCGGUAGAAAAAGCGGAGGAAGUCAUGUCGACGUGAUCAAAGCAGCCAACGAAUUUGCACAAGCCAUGGCUGAAACGCUUGUCAGUUCCAAGGGCAUCACUCGAUUUGCCGACAACGAUGAUUCGUCGGACAAGCUUAUCCGAGUCGCAAAGGCAUCGGGAGAUUCGGCACAGCGGUUCUUCUUAAAUCUCCAAUCUUUCCGACUGAUCGCUGGCGGCAAGACUGAAGACAUUGCUCUGCGCAACAACGCGGAGGUCCGCGGUGCUCUGUCAAAACUUUCAGAGACGGUUGAGAAGUUUGUCCCGAAGACACGAUCAGCCUUGGUCGGCGCGAACGGUGAUAUUGGUGAUAUCGUCUCUCACGAGAUGCAAACGGCCGCUCGGGCCAUCGAGGAAGCGACUCAACGACUCCAGGAUCUCAUGCAACGACCGAAAGGACCUAAAUACAACGCUCUCGACGUGCAGGUUCAUGAUGCCAUCUUGGAAGCCACAAUGGCUAUCACCAAUGCCAUCGGUAGAUUGAUCCAAGCCGCCACGGAGAGUCAGGAGGAGAUCGUACGGGAGGGUAAAGGAACGAGCACGACUCAACAGUUUUACAAACGUAACAACCGAUGGACAGAAGGUCUCAUCUCAGCCGCCAAAGCUGUGGCAUACGCUACCGGACUUCUGAUCGAAAGUGCCGACGGUGUGAUAUCCGGAACACAUUCUCUCGAACAACUCAUCGUCGCUUCCAACGAGGUUUCAGCUGCUACAGCCCAACUCGUCGCUGCUUCACGUGUAAAAGCGUCUCUCAUGUCCAAGACACAACAACGUCUUGAGGUCGCUUCGAAAGCAGUGACGGAUGCUUGUAAAGCUCUAGUGAGACAGGUAAAACUCAUCUCGAACCAACAGAGCGACGAAGACGCCGUGGAUUACAAAGCCAUGCCAUCACACGAAUUUAAAGUGAGGGAGAUGGAACAACAAGUCGAGAUUUUGAAGUUGGAGAAAGAUUUGGGUGCUGCUAGGAGACGAUUGGGAGAGAUGAGAAGAGCUGGAUAUCAUCAGGAAGCAGAUUGA